UCUGUUUACAAACUGAAGCUGGGAGGCGUUAGCAGAGAGGAGCAGGACACGGCAGAGCUAACGCUCUGGAGCCCAGCAAAGACCACCUCGAUUCACCCACAUACACACAAACACACACUCUCUCGCCACCCAGGACCCCUUUUGCAAGAAUGAGGAAAUCUGGAUAAACCGAAUACUAUUACUGGUCAUCAUGGGGUUUUUCUUUUUUUUCUCUCUCCUUGAAGGAGGACUGAGAGAGCAGAUGGUUUGAGGCUAAGAGAAAAAUACUCCCCCACAGUCUGCAUGCAACACGGUGCAUAUACAUGCAGACGCGCACAGACAGUGGGGAAAUACAAGUCUCGUCUUGAGGCUGUGGGAAGGGUUGUAUGCUGUCCUUUUUGUUUCGAUUUUUUGGAAGGGGCCUGCGUUCACUCCAGAUAAGGAAUACUUCUUAUGUAUAAGCCAUUUUUCAGAGAAAGAGAGAGACGACUUUGAAAGAAGAACGAGAAUAACAGCAAAGAGGGACGAGGCUUGUAAAAAUCUUUUGUGAGAGGAAGGUGGACAAAGGUUGUUCUCUAUAAGGGUUCUUUCUAGAUUAAGUGUUGCUUCCACUGUCAAUCUGUGCUAUUGUUUCUCAAAUAGUUGGGCACAUAUUUUUAGGUCACUAGACAAUAAGAUGCAAGUAUCACCAAUGAACUACAGCUUAUAUCAUAUUUUGUGUGUGAUGACACUGAGCAUGAUAUAAGAUAUAAGAUUUUGUCUUUAGCUCUUCGACUUCGACUGAGACAUUCUUCAAACAUAGGAAGCGAAUAUCAAGGACAUGUUAUGAUCUCUUUGUCUCUGUGACAAUGCACAGUAUGUCAACAACACAAGAAUCGAACAGCGCAUGAAGUCUUUUGUUUGUCGAUACUGUCGACAGAAAGGCAAAAAAUAAAAAAAAAAUGAAUCAAGUAGCAAAGCUAAAAUAAAUAUAACAACGCGAGUUAUUGCUUCAAGCUUCCGCAGUUUUUACUUCGCACCCUUUGUGAUUCAAGACCGACGUAACGGAGUCCGCAGUUUGCCUUGCUGAAGAUUAUCGCGAGUAAAAAAGGCGGAACUGGCGGUUUGGGCACCACUUUCUCGUGCUUUCGCUUCGGCUGAGAACCUCUGAAUUUACGGUGCCAGCGUUUGGAGUUCGAUUACAUGCAACCAUUCCAAUGGUGUAACGGCUGCCUCUGUGGUCUAGGGCUGCAGCGUUCAGACUGCGAUAUGACGUCAGACGAUCUUUACCACCUGCCACUCAACGUGUAUGUCAUUGUUCUGGGCAUUGGCCUCUUCAUCUUCAUGCUCAGUGUCAUCUUCUGCUGCUACCUGUUCAGGUUGAAGCAGCAAGAUACUAGACAGCAGUACAGCUACAAUGAGGUGGUGCUGAAAGGUGCAGGAAAGAAGCUGAGCCUUCUCGGACAGCCCUGCGCAGUGUGUCUGGAAGAAUUCAGAGCCCGGGACGAGCUGGGCGUGUGCCCCUGCUCCCACACCUUCCAUAAGAAGUGCCUGCUGAAGUGGUUGGAGAUCCGCAGCGUCUGCCCCAUGUGCAACAAGCCAAUCACGCGGUUGCACAAUGACAGCGCCCCACGGGGGGCAGAGGGCCCGCAGGACCCCGAGGAGGUGUGACCCCGACACACCUUACGACCCCAGAACUCUGGCCUGUGGCCACAUUCAUCAUCUCCAGUACUGCCACCACUGGAGCACAGGCGGUUGGCCUCCCACUACCCCAGGAGGAGAUCAGUUAGAAAAUAACCUCCGUGCACACCAAGCACCAGAGGCCUCACACACUGCCUGCUGCACCAUUACAUAGGAGCAAAGAGCACUACACGUGCCUCCAGUUGAGAACUAGCACCCGAUUGGCUAAAGCCAAAAAUAGACACCCGUUUUACACAUUUUGUGAAUAGAAGAGUGUUCUUCAGCCAGGCUCAAGCAGUGCAUUAUGGGUAAGGUUGGAGGUCAAGAGGGAGGUAAAUAUGCUGCCAGUAUGCCUGGGGGGCGUCUCUAAGCAACCAGCUAAUGAAAGACAACAUUGAACUUGCGCGACUGAUGACGAGCACUGCUGCUCACUACAACAGUACUUAGCUACAAGGAGGCAUGGUCUAACCACAAGGGAACCAGUUUGCUAUGCACUGAGAUUACAUGACUGUAGAGAGUAGGUAAAGUGUAUUGUCUGUUUGACUGGUACAAGUCUUUACUUGGGUCUUGUCUAGUGCUUAAAAGAAGAAAAUAUUAAGACAUGAACUAGUAACCAGCAGUUACCAUGUACUUCAGAAUUACUGAAUACGCAUCAGUCUCAGUUGACCUUUGGCCUAUUUUACUUAUUUUGUAUGGUUUAAUGUUAUUUUUUUUUUUUUAAAUAAAAAGUCAUGUUUGUGUUUAA